GGUCGACCAUCCACGCAAUCUUAUUCCUCAGAUAUGUCGAGAAUUUCAUCGUAAAGGAUGGAUGACAGGAUCAGGGGGAGCAAUUAGCAUCAAAUUAGGGUAAAUAUUUACAAUUGUGAACAUUAGGGUGAGGUGGUAAUUAUUUCUUGCGUGAAACCUUGUAGUCAUGGUUACAACUUUAUUGCUUUAACCAGACAUACUCUAGUACUACCGUGUGGUGCAUGCUCACAAGUACACUACAAGCGCAAAAACAUCUUAUUCUUGAAUAAAUAGUUAGUCCUCAAAGGACUAAACUGGAACCGAUUUCAUUAUUGGUUAUGGUUAAUGACUUGAGAGUAAAUUCAACUGAUAGUAGCAUGUGGAAAUUUGUGGACGAUAUCUCAACUUCUGAACACCUUUCCUCGAAUGCUACUUCUGUUACUCAAUCGACCCUUAAUUCUAUUCAUUUAUGAGCUUCCAACAAUUGGAUGAAGCUGAAUGCUAAAAAGUGUAAAGAACUCCGAGUCUAUUACAGUGUCUCAAAGAAACCCCUCAGCUUGUACUAUUAAGCAGUUCCCCACUUAAAGUAUACCGUACCGAAGCGUAUCAAAAACAUUUUUAAAUUUCAAAAUUUAUGGAAUGUUGAUUGGUUAAUACUUCCGUAGUACGCCAAAAAGUUGACUUGCGACGAACUUUCCAUUUUGAUACGCGAAUAACCGAAUACACCCGCAAGUACGUGGAUUUAUUAACCUCUUUUCAAUCUGCGCAUGCUCAACAGUACGUUUCGUUACGGUACGGUUGAAGUGGAAAACUGACUUUAACAAUCGAUGGACAUGUAGUGGAAACAGUGCGAUCUCAUAAAGUGUUAUGAUUAACUAACAAGACGCCUACUCAGGCGUUCACACUGACCUGAAAACGACGACAUGCGCUCUAUGGUGCAAUCUAGUUCCCUGAGCCUGCUGUCCUUGGGAAGGAAACGAAGGCUCUGGGAUAAUCCGUUUCAGGGAGGAAUCUGAUUGGCCGUUGAUAUGGAAUGUGCAGUUCAAUCUUAGCCAGAAUUCCUGGCUUUCGGCAACGGAUUAUCCUAGAGCCUUCGUUUCCUUCCCGAGGAUCGCAGGCUCGGGAACGAGAUUGGCUAUGGUGUAAUAGACAAGGGAGUGGUGAGCAAGAGAGUUCGUAUAGAAAAGUUUCAGCGGUAGAUCAAUAAGAGAUCAAGAAAAUCAAUAAUUUGAGCGGUAGAUCAAGAAAAUCAAUAAUUUGACAACAAAAAGCACCACCUUAUCAUUGGCAACUUUUCAACCCUAUACCGUGCAACCUAGUACGUACAUAAAUACAAGCUUCUUACUAUUAUAUAUGAAUCGUGGAGUCGAAGAAUCGAUGGCAUUUUGGAUUAAUCGUUGCACCCUGAGCCUGCGAUGCGCGAACGCAAACUCGAUUUCUCGACGACGAAAAAAACAGAAAACAGAAAACUAGGGAUUUAAGACACUUACCUUUCAGGUCAGUGUAAUUAGAGUAUUCAAAACAACUUAUGAGACGAGCAUAUUUUUUUCAAUAGUCGGCAAGGCAUCCAAAUGUUUACAUAUAGUCCGGGUUCUGCGCCAUGGUGGAGUCUUCCCCCGUGCUUAUUAUACACUUAAUAUCUGCUCCCGAGGGAAAUAGUUUGUUUUGUUUUCCCGAUGGUCUCAAUGUUUCCGGAGACGAAGUCGAGGAAAACAUUGAGAUUUGAGGGAAAACGAAUUACUACUGUACUAUUUGCCGAGGGAAAAGACAUUAAGUGUUUUGUGAUAUAUUGAAGCAGUGAUAUAUUGAAGUGGGUUUACAUUACUUGGUGGUAUAGUUUGUGCAAGCUUAGGGCCAAUUUCACAAAAAUAAUUGUUAAGCUCGUUUGCUAUAUUAUCGUUACCAGUAAUUGUUUGUCCAAUCAUUAACUGUGAUCUGGUUGAUUAUUGUUGUAGUGGUUCUCCUGUUGAGUAAAUGAUUAAUAAAUCUCCAGCUAUCUUUGCUGUUUUUGCAUUGUUCCAGAUUUGUUUUAUAAUAGUGUGCUUUUGCAUCCCUAAUAAGUUUAAUUGGUAACUUGGUUUUUGCAUCUUUUAUAAGCCUCGGUAUAAGCAGUAGAAUUCAUGAUCAGACAGUCUCACUGCCUUUUUUUAAGGUAAUCUCGUUGGCAGCUAAGUUUUUAAUUUCGUUGUUCAACCAUGGGCAAUGCUCGUUUCUAACUUUUCUAGGACGACAGGGAGCAUGGUUGUCAGAAAUAGACAAAAAUAUGUCCUUCCACUCCUGCCAGGCAUGAUUUGGAUCAGAGUUGUAUGCAAAGUAGUUAAACGCUUGUGCUAAGUCUUGUUCGAAUUCGUUUUCGUUAAACUUCCUUAAUUGUUUCUACUAUUUUCGGCGUUUCUCUAGCUACUCCUUAUUUUCCUACAAAUAUACACCAGAUCAUGGUUACUUAUUCCCAAAGCAAUCACUCCUGAAUCAGAUGUUUUGGUAUCGUCACUUUUUGUAAUUAUAAUGUCUAUUAGUGUUUUUGUUGAGUCGGCUGUUCGGGUUGGCUUAUCAAUGUGUUGCUGUAGUUGGUAGAUAUCUAAGAGGUCAUCCAAUCGUUUGGAGUUGUUAUUCCUAUAUAGUUGCUGUCCAGCAUAAUAUGUCACAGUUAAAAUCACCUGUUAUGAUCAUUUCUUUGUUUUCGUUGUCAAUCUCUUUUAUGAAAUUUUCAAAAUCAUUAAAGAAUUCCAUAUUAGAACCUGGUGGACGAUACCAAGUACUAUAAAUUAGAACUGGCUUAGCUUUCGGCUUUUUAAUUUCAAGACAAAACAUCAAAUAAAUAAAUGAGCAAAAGCUUAUGAUUCCAAACAAACUAGGGUAACAGACUAAAGCCGUAAAUGCUCUUUUUCACUAAUCACAUGCCAACUCGUUGCGAAUACUUUUAUCCAAUCACGAUGCUUGACAGUUUAUUUUAAUUAGAUAUAGUACUCGCCGCGAGCUUGUUGCGAGUUGGUUUUUGAAUGAGUGUAAAAGAUAGCCAGGCCUAGAAUAUAUAUACGUUAUUUAUCGGAGUGGGAGGUCCAUACUGAAAAAUAUUUUCCCGAGAAAUACAGGCCGACCUUAACCGGAAGUAAUUAUUUAUUUUUUGCACAAUGCUUAUUUAAAUUCCUGAAAAGCUCCAGUGUGGCGAACUAGAUUUGAGAUCAAAUGUGUUUGUUUAUUUUCAAAUACUUUAGUCCAAGCAUGACUGACAUACUGGUAAAACGAAAUGAUAAAAAGCCUUUAUUUUCUAUGCAAUAGAUGCUUUUCUACUCAACAAGACAAAGUUGGUUUUUGCAAUGAGUGGCAAAGAUAGCCUUCACGUCUAGCAAAUAUAUAAAGCGAUUGCUCAGCCUUAUACGCAUUUUACAGUUAUUUUUGGCGGAUGCGUGUUAAAAACAGUAAACCUUUUCGAGCGGAUUUGCUCAGUAUUAAUUUCGCUCAUAUAUAUACAGUAUAUGUAUAUUGUCUGGAAUGUCUGCGAGAAUUCAGAAUUGUAAUACUGCGCGAAUUCCAAUCAAGUAUAAUGUAAACUCGAUUAUUCCGUGAAACGUUUCCAUAUCGUGCCAAUUCCGUUCAUAGUUAGUAUUUAAUAAUUAUUCUUUUUUCUAUUCCUGAAGGAAUGAAAUUUUUGUCUCUCCAUCUGGCAUAUUGAAAGAAAGUGUUGAGGUAAUAUAUAUGAAAUUGUUUUGUGAAGACAAAUUAUUUUGAAAAGUUGUUAAAUAAAUUUAGUUGGAAACAAACUCCGAAUAGAAGUUCCAUCUUAAAACUUAAUGUUUAAAUAGAGCAAGAAGACACAAUAUUCAACAGUGAUAUAAUUUCGAAUUUAUUUCAAAUUCAUCAUCAACCUAAUUUACACAAGCUAACCUAGGUCUAUAUAUACAAGCGUGAUUACGUCAAAAACAAGAAGAAAGCGUGGAUGUGUUAGUGUGAUUGAAGAGAUUAACAGUAACACGGUGCUAUGUCAAGUCAGAUAGUGGACUUCUUCAUCAAGUUUUUGUGUAAUGCUGUACUGGAGUAAAUCGUUUUGUCAAGGCAAGGUCGGUCAUGUGGGUGAAGGGUGUCUUGUCAGUCAGUCCAGUUUUGUUGUUAGUCUUCACAUUGUAGAAAGUGUUGAGCUACUGCUACUCGUCGAGUCGUGUCGCAUUAUAUGUAGUUUUAAAAUUAAAGUUGUGUUUUUACCUAUAUGCAUGCAGAUAAAUGUACGUAGCCUGUCCUUGUUUUACAGUAUCCUAGACUAACUGAUCGACUGCUCAUGAAACGAUCAAAAUGUUGUAUUUUGCAAAACAGGGAUAAUAGCCUUUACACUUUAUACAUCACCAGGUUAAAUGAUAGACAUUUUAAAUUAAAUUUGAAGGAUUGCUAAAACAAAGCGUCUCUUCAAAAUGCAGUGUUUUAUCAUCCUAAACUGCCCAAAGCAAUCCUUAUUGUCAUAUUUUGUAAUACUUCCCUAUAUUAAUUUAUUAGUCGAGUUCACUGUUUGUUUGUGACAUACAAGGCAAUCAUUUGGACGGGCCGCCAGCGAGGUACGUUAUUAUAGCUACAUAGUACAGUGUUUUCGCACAUAUAUAAUUAUAUAUUAACGAAAAUUAGUGUGGUACAUAAAUGAACACACUUGCCUGACCAACGCAAAACAUAUUAAAACUAGUCAAAGUAAUUAAUUGUAAUGAAUUGAUUUAGCUAUCUAUAUGUACAUAUUACAUAUUAUUCAGCUCAUUUCCCAGCAUCCAUUAGCAAAUAUUAUACUCGCUCAGUAUAAUAUGACUAUAAGAUUUUGCGUGAAUUUUUCGCAGACCGUAGCAAAUAUAGGUGUCUUUUCUGUAAAACCCUAAGGCUUCAGUGAGCUUACUGUAGGGAAAGUUGACCUUCUGAGGCCUAAUUUCUGAAAAGUUUCCCCUGAUCCAUUUUCUAGUUCACUCUCCUCGCUCGCAAUGACCGCCUUUGGCCAGAUGUCGUUUUAACACGGAAGUAACCUUGAAUUUAUCGCGCGAUUUUAAGAGUUGGCGAAAAUUAGUACCACGUUAAUUUAAAUGCAAGUAAGAUGGGUUUUUUCAUUUCAGCCUAAAUAUGAAGGAAAGUUCGUGUACUCCAAUGUUCAUGAAUGGAUAUCGCAAAAGAGGUAAUUUAUUUACUAUAUACAAUAUACAUGCAGUAAAGCCUGCUGUCCCAGCUUGUUUAUCUUGUUAUUAGUGUAAGAAGCGAAGCUAAAUGAAUAAAUAAAUAAAACGGAUCAUGUGAAAAGAGUCAGUCAACGCUCUGCCGAAAGUCGUAGGUUUUCUUCGUGCUCUCCGGUUUUCUCCCACAGAGAAAGAAAGUUGACCGGGUGGGUUAGGAUAAACAUGCACAGUUAAGAAAUAUCACAAUUGUUGUAAAGAUCACAUAGUCUGGACUAAAAAUGAAAUUAGGUAAGCGUAUAAUUCUUGAUGUAAAGCGUAUUUUAUCAUAUCCAGGUGUAAAUUUGCGCUGUAGAAAUGUUAAUCUUAUCGUCCCGCAGUCAUAUAUAUAAUGUUCAUCCUACAGUAAAUGGAUAUUCUUCUUAGGGUGUAAAUAUGGCAUUUCUGAGAGUCUAAAUCGAGCAUCUCAAUAGCCCAUUGGAUAAAGUGCUGGUACAAUAAUAGAGCAGAGAAACUUGUGUGUAAUCAUCGGUUGGGACAUUCAGAAGUUAAUUUUUCAGCAAGUAACACCAGUUCUAGCACACAAGUUUGUCUAAACCCUAGUCUACAAGUGCGUCUGUCCGUUUAAGGAAACAAACUUUUGGCUUUCACAUUUUUAAAGCUGCCAUCGCGUGUUUGCUACACGUAAUUUUAACAAUGAAUUAUUGACUCAAAAGUAUCCCACAAUGUCGCACUGUGCAUCCCAGAAGUCCUCUGUAUUAAAACAAUGCUUGACGUAAGCACUUCUAAAGUCUAUUGCUACAGUUUAUAUAUUUUAUCAUUUUCCGUUUUCUUUCUUCCCAGCUGCAGGUGCUGUAUUUCAUAUUCAUUCUAUGAAUGCAGUUAUGGCCACUUUGUUAUUUCCUGGAAAAGAAUUCCGAAUUUCUCAUCAACAAAUGAUAAAAAUAAUUGUGAAUUGUAAAACAGGAAGAAACUAUGGGUAAUGUAGUGCGAUUAAUUCGUACCCGGUCGGUUGCAGUGUCAGCAUCUCGACAUUAUAGUGUAAACAUUCUUUACACUUUUCCUUUACAUAUAGGUCAAUUGAAUUUGUUAUAAUACUAAAAGCGCACGUGUAGUGAUGCAAGUACUCUCCACAUGCUCUUAGUAUCAGAGUUCUUCUACUCAGUGGUCAAACAUGCAGUUACGCGUAAAAAUAAGCCCCCAAAUUUAGACAUAAACAAAGCUAUUAAUUAACUAAGGUUGCUUCCGUUGAAAACGAUAUGCCAUUCAUAUAUGGAGUGUCGAUGUUUAGUAACUAUACAUGCAUGCAUGUUGCAGCUUUAAAUGUCAAAUUAUAUUAUGCCCUUGGAGGAUGCAUGUCACCAACGGUGGAAUUAAGAGCAAAACAUUGGUUGCGCGAAUGAGCAACUCGAUAGCUGUUCCAUUGACUUGGUUUUGUAUACCGCUGAUGAAAUAUAAGUCUUGAAUCCAGGUUAUAUUUUGUUAUCAAACCGCAUCAUUUGCAGUGGGAAUAAGUUACGUGAUAUGAGAAGUCGUGGGCAAUAGUAUCAGGUGUGGUUGGAUACUGACACCCAGUUACCAUCCAGCUGGUUUAUCGGUUAUAGAACCAAAAAAAUAUAUUGUUCCUGAGUCUCUGAGCCCACCGUUCAAGGUACUCGUUGUAUGUUAGCUUUGGUCCUAAAUGUCAUGCAAUCCGUGAAUACAAUGCAUGAACAUCUUCGUAAAAGGAAAAAUGGAAAUUUUCCCUCCUUAUGUACAAGCGUCAUGAUCAUCCUUAAAAUUAUAUGGAACAUUCUGCGAUACAGGUUGUAGCACUUGCAACAGAAACACCUUUGAUAUGUGUCCAGCAACCACAAGUAGAAUACGAAUCGCUGGGCUCACGGGUUUGACAUUCAUGUUUGCACUCUAUAUUUAGCUACUGCACUUUGGACUCUGGUGUUUCAAAUAUUGGCCGUGAUUCAUUCAUUUACAUCGUUUAUAUCUUCGUUGUGUUUUGCACACAAAUAUAUUUUUCUUUGAUCUUGACGCCUUUAGAAAAUAAUUAUAAUCCACGGUUUUGUCUAAUUUAGAUACGACGAAGAGCUUGUUAUUCCAAUAGUUGAAAACGAAAAUGAAGAAUUGGAGAUAAAGG